UGUCUCCAGUCAAUGUUAUGAAGUGAUCGCGGUCGGCUGUUGGUUGUGUUCCGUUCCCGCGGAAGUCUUAAUAUUUCGACAUAUCAGCAAGAAAACGUACCCUACCGUAUAUACUUUACCUACCUACAUAUACGAAAGUUUGCUGUUUUAUUUAAUUAAUUUAAGAAUAAACUUUCAGACACUUGUUAAAAACACUUCACAAACUGAAGAAAAGAAUAAGAAAAGAAAAAACAAUGUAAGAAUCUGGUUUUAUUACUAUGGAACAAUCUAAAAUCUAAAUAGUUAUUCCCCCCAUAAUAUUUGUAAUUAUCUUAAACUAAAAAAGGAACUUCAUCACCAUCAACAAUCAUCAAGGCCAAGGCGUGAAAACAAACCGCGAAAAUAGAGACAUGGAAUUGCCAACGGAACGCGAAUAGAAUUAAAUAAUAAUUGAAUACCCUAUAGUAGAAGGAGAAGUCAUCCAUCAGUGAUCGUGAUCGUGAUCGUGACGUUUGCAUAAUAGUAAAAUUUAAAGUGUUCUGCGCUGGCCCACCCACGCGUUCAGCAGGUCAAAUCUCUUAACUCGCUUCUCGGCUUCUCGACUUCUCGACUCCUCGGUGUUGUAUGUAGAUAUAAUCGUAUUUUCUACUCGUGCCCGUAUAGUACUUUAAUGAAUCUCGAAUUGAAAGUCAAUUGCAUAUGAAAACAAUUUUAUUGUCCAAAGAAAUUUAAAUAGCUUUCCGCCCGUUUUUUAAUAGAUAUAUUCGUACUCGUAAUUCGUAUAUCUAUAUGCUAUAUACGGGCUACUACGAACGAGACUUUAACUUUUCGAAUUCGAAAUAUGUGAACAGUAAUGUUUUGUUGACGUUUGGGUACUUAGGAUUUUAAUUUAAAAAAAUAAUGUCUACCUGUGCGUAUCCUCAAGUUAAAAUUUACGAAGAUUUCGAUAAGAUGAGUGCCAAAGAGGUCUAUUAUAAUGCAGCUGGAAAAAAGGUCACAGUGAAAUUGUUACAUUUUCCGGAUAUUGCACCGGAGGACGUUCACAAAGUGAAGUUCUCCGACGAUGAAGAAGGCUCUGACGAUGAUAAGGUCGGGAGUAUCUCGAACCUCUCGUUGGCAGAAGAAGCUGAUGAAAAAGAUGCAGAACACAAUUUCGUUGAGGAGAAUUAUGCUGACGUUGAUGACGAGGAGGAAAAUCAAUCGGCAACCCCUACCGAUGUUAUGUACAAAAAGAUUUUGAGAAAGAAAUCUAAAGACAAUUUGCUGCACCAGAGAAAAUGCAGUAAGGCCUUUGCUGAAGCUCAUGGCAUAUCGAUAACUCCACCGACAGGAUUCACAAUCUACGGAACUAGUGAGCUGGAAUUACUAGGCGAAAGGAAUUUGUUGGGAAGAAGAUCACCCAUUGCUUCGAGGCGGUCGUCUUCGCCGUCGAAUGGAGCUUUAUGCUCGGGAUAUGUUCAAUACUCCAAAUCGUUGCUAGAGGUGCCAAUGCCAAGGGACUAUGGAUAUGCGUCCAGCGAUGAUUUGAGUUCGGAGUGGGAUUCGGAUGUUCCGACUUCUUCGUCGGAGCAGGCAAAGGAACAAGAAACAAAGCCAUCUGGAUGGCGCAAAAUACGCAACAUAGUCCAAUGGACACCCUUCUUCCAGACGUACAAGAAAAAACGAUAUCCAUGGGUUCAAUUAGCCGGGCAUCAGGGCAACUUCAAAGCUGGUCCAGAACAAGGAACCGUUCUAAAAAAGCUUUGUCCAAAGGAAGAAGAUUGCUUCCAGGUUUUGAUGCGUGAUGUACUACGGCCAUAUGUGCCAGAAUAUAGAGGAAAAGUGACAAGUGAAGAUGGCGAACUCUAUCUCCAACUACAAGAUCUUUUGAGUGAUUUCUAUCAGCCCUGUGUUAUGGACUGUAAAAUAGGUGUACGAACUUACUUAGAAGAAGAACUAUCCAAAGCUAAAGAAAAACCAAAACUCCGCAAAGACAUGUACGAAAAAAUGAUACAAAUUGAUCCAGAUGCACCGAAUGAAGAAGAACACAAGGCCAAAGGCGUUACGAAACCUCGUUAUAUGGUCUGGCGUGAGACAAUUUCAAGCACUGCUAUUUUGGGUUUUAGGGUUGAGGGUAUCAAGAAAAGUGACGGGACAAGUUCAAAAGAUUUUAAAACAACAAAAUCUCGAGAACAAAUCAAAAAGGCUUUUGAGGAAUUCAUCGAAGGAUAUACUCAUGUUUUGCCCCGUUACUUACAACGUUUGCGAGCUAUUCGUGCAACUCUAGAAUGUUCCGAUUUCUUUCACACCCAUGAAAUCAUCGGAAGUUCAUUACUUUUUGUCCAUGAUCGUUCGCAUGCAAGUGUUUGGCUUAUUGAUUUUGCCAAAACCGUAAACCUACCCCCAAACCAUGUCAUUGAUCAUAACACAACCUGGAAAGUUGGCAACCAUGAAGAUGGCUAUCUCAUCGGAAUAAAUAAUCUCAUUGAUCUUUUCUCCGACAUUGAAACCAAUGCAACCACUCCCAAUGAAGAUGCAAUUAGCCCAUAAGAAAAUAUAAAAGAUCCUGUACAAAAACAAUUUCUUAAAAAACGCGAGGACCAAUCAAAGAUUAAGAGAUUUGAAGGAGUCAAAAUAAACCUACACAUACAUAGAUACCUAAUUUUAAUUUUGUGUAACCUAACUUUUUGCUGCAAUAAUAAUCAGAAAUUUUGUUAUAAAAUCAA